UUGACUGUCAUGAAGCUACUCAACAGGUGGUAUGGUUUACUUGACACUACUUGACACAAACGUAUCGUUAGGAUAUGACGUAAAUGUAUAAUUUUAUUAUUACAUAAUACAAUAAAUACAAUACAAUAAAAGUAUCUCUUUGUAAAUUGACUUAUUAUUAAAAAUAUGAAUCCGGAAAAUAUUUUAAAAAAUUAUGUAUUAUCCCAAUAUACCACGGAAAAGUUAAUAGUAAUUAAAGAAAAAUUAAAACAAGAUAUAAUUCAAGCUGAUCCUUUUUGGCAAAUAAUAACUAGGAAGAAAGGAGUAACAGAUAUAGAUGUAGAAGAAACUUUAAACGAAAGCAAUAAUGAUUGUAAUGAUAUUUUAUCCAACACGUCCGAUCAAUUUUCAUCUACUCAGUUUUAUUUUACACAACUUGAUAAGCUCUGCGAUAAAAAUAUUAGACAGGAGUGUGUACCAAAACUUGAUAUCACAGAAUAUCUUUUUGAAGAAUUGGAAUGUCCUAAUGGAAAAUUGGAUUUAAAUCAAUUAGAGAAUUUAACAGAUGCAGAAUUUCAAGAAAUAGUCUGUGAUUUAGAAAAAAGACUAACUAUGCUGGGUACAUAUAAUUUAUGUUGUUCCUUAAAUAAUAUGACUUUGGAACAACGAGUUAAAUACACAGAAACUUUUUAUACCCAUUUAUUAUUACCAAAGAUUAUUGCUUUGAAAGAACCUUCCAGAUUACUUUUAUCUGCUUUGAUAGAGAGCACUCAGAAAUUUCCAGAUGAUAUUCAGAAGUUCAUUUUUAUUCCACUUUUAAACUUUGAUUUAACAGACACAACAAUUAUUGAUGCUAUAGUAAAUACUUUUGAACCUCAAAGACGUAUCGUUCUUAUUACAGAAUAUUUAUCAUAUGUGAAAGAACUCAAUUCAUGGCAUCUUUCUUUCCUACGUACUUUGAUUGAUACUAAGACAGAUAUUACCACAAAUGACAAACUUAUACAGUUAUUAUUUGAGAAAUCGAUUGAUUUUGCCAAGGAUAAAAAUUUCGGGAAGCUUGUAUUAUCAUUUAUAAAGUCAAAUAUUAAAUUUUCAGAUGAACAAAAACAAUCAUUAUGGGAAAUAGCAAAUAUUAAUCAAACAUUGUUUAAAAAACCUAUUCAAAAUAGGUAUAGGAGAUGUAAAAUCAAAAUAUAAAACGCGUGCGCAUAAGAGUUAACACUUUUAUACAAGUUCGAAUGGGAAAAACAUGACGGAAGAACUUUCCGGUGUGACAAUCGUUAUUUUUAUUGCGGCUGG